AUGAUUUACCCAGGAGGAUGCUACUGCGGCAACAUAAGAUACGAGAUUGACCUAAAGUCACCCGACGAGGCGAGGACCAGCAUAUGCCACUGUAAAAACUGCAAGAAAUUCACUGGCUCAGCCUUUGGCAUCACCGCCAAGCUCCCCUGGAAAUCCUUCAAAAUCACCAAGGGGUCGACGACGAAACACGAGUCCGACAACGGCUCCGGCACGACGCUCACGCGCGAGUUCUGCGGCGCGUGUGGCUCGGGGAUACUCGAGUACGGCGCGAACGCGGGGGAGAACACGUACGUGUUCUACGGGACGCUGGACGAGCUUGACAGGCUCCCGCCGAGGGGCGAGUUCUUUUGCAAGUACCGCGGGAGGUGGUUGCCGGAGAUCCCAGGGGUGUUCCAUAAACAGGAGAUCAAAGAGUGA